AACGAGAAUUUGGAGGCGUUUCCACGAGGAUGUUAUUAGAUCAACAUUAACGGCAGAAAUAAUAAUUAAAAAAAACGUUCUCACCACAACACCAAAUAUAAUACAAUUUGAGGCCAUUCUCAACAGUUGGACCAUGUCCACACCGGCGAGAAGAAGACUCAUGAGAGAUUUUAAACGGCUACAAGAGGACCCCCCAGCUGGUGUCAGUGGAGCCCCAUCAGAAAACAACAUCAUGGUGUGGAAUGCAGUCAUUUUUGGCCCUGAAGGAACUCCAUUUGAAGAUGGCACAUUUAAACUAAUUGUCGAGUUCACAGAAGAAUACCCUAACAAACCUCCUACAGUGCGAUUUGUGUCAAAGAUGUUUCAUCCUAAUGUCUAUGCAGAUGGCAGUAUUUGUUUGGACAUCCUCCAAAAUCGAUGGAGCCCCACUUAUGAUGUGUCUUCUAUUCUUACGUCCAUCCAGUCUUUGCUGGAUGAGCCCAACCCCAACAGUCCGGCCAACAGCCAGGCGGCUCAGCUGUACCAGGAGAACAAGCGCGAGUACGAGAAGAGAGUUUCCGCCAUCGUAGAACGCAGCUGGCGAGACAGUUGACCUGGUUGACGGUGUGCGACAAACGCUAGCAUGGAGAACCCUCUUUAUCUCCUCUCACCUUUCGUUUUUUAUUUUUAACAUUUUAUGCACUUUACCUUCGACGUCCCUUCGUGGAAUUCAUUUUUUUCUCGCCUGCCAAGAGGGAAUUGUUUUCUCUAUCCACUAUUGUCGGCCACUUUCCCAGCAGCAUCCGUGCUGAACCUUGCCUUGUUUGUGGGCCACCAUCUUACUUCGAUCACGUUUAAGGUCCCGGGUGCUUCGCCAAUCACGUCAUUUUUCACCGAGAAGUUUGCCGUUGUGGGCUCCCAACUUUGUGACGCUAUCUCUGCGUUGUGCUGUAAACCGUUUGUUGCAUGCAUAACACAAUGAGCAAACCUUACCUCCUCCCUCUUCAAUAGUGAUGUACAUAAGAAACCUGCAUCUGAAUAUAUGUACAGAUUUUGCACUGGUUUGUCUCCAUGUCAUUUUGUCCCAGCACUUGUACAUAAAUGAAACGUAUAGGAAAAAUUACUGCGGUUGCAGUGUUUCAGUGUUGGCCUCAAAGAGACACACAAUGACCUUCUGGUGCAGUUCUUUCAGUGCCUAAAUUUAGACUUGAAUUUGCUUUACCAAAUCCAUUGCAUAAUGUUUCAAAAUGACCACAAUUAAGAGGCGUCAUGUUACACUUGUGGAGCAGCACGGUGGGGUAGUUGUCUACCCCGCAGUUACAAAAGUUAGUUGGGAUGACUCCAACUUAUCCAGAACCAUAAUAAAGACAAGCGCUAUAGUGGAUGGAUGGAUGGAUGUUACACUUCAGUAAUAUAGCUACAGUGGAAAGCAUAAAAUGUUGAAUUAUGAAAAAUGUCUGAAAUGCUUACAAAAUGCGUGACACCUCUCAUUGAUGAUUUUUUAAUUUUUUUUUGGGGGGGGGGGGUGCAUUUUAGAGGAGAGAGCAGGAGCAGAGUGAAUAUGAAGACUGCUACGUUAGUUUCUCACACUAGUCGCUGAAUAGUCAGGUGCCUGCCACAAGCUAGUCACCUUUUCAAAGGUACAGUGUUUCUUGGCUGAAUAAUUUGCAAUGUAAAUUAGUUUGGAUUAUUUUAUACUUGUGUGUCUAAUUGGAGUUUAACAAGCUUCACCAAAGCACCACUGCAUACUAAAUACCAUUUAAAAGCUUAUUAAAACAAUACCCAUGUUUUUUAAAA